UCAUGGCAUGAACAUGCUACAUUGCUACAAUGCUACAUUUUAAAACGUGGUUUUCUUUAAGUUCGUUUUUAAUUUUACAAUUUUUGUUUUAUGCAUUGACAUUUUGAAAUUUUAAUAUUAACUUAGUUAUGGAUAUUUUUGAAAUUAUUCUUGGAACUUAUGAAUCAUUUGUGAUUGGUGUAAAAUGUCGUUUCAAAAGCCAACAAUCUAAAGAUCUAGAACUGGUGCAAUCAUUUAAUGAUCAUGUUCAUCAAGCUAGUAUCCGUUCAGUUUCGUGUUCUUCCAAGUAUAUGGCAUCAAGUAGUACAGAUGAGACUAUAGAGAUAUAUAAUAUGAUCAGGCGAUGUCACAUACACACAAUACUACAACAUAGUGGCACAGUAACAUCUUUAGCGUUCACACCUGAUGAGUCACAUUUAAUCAGUACUAGUGAGGAUGGUUCAAUAGCAAUGUUUGAGACUGGCACAUGGAAGCUUAAAAAAUUAUGGGAUAAAGCUCAUAAAGGAUCAGCCGUUUCUUUCCUAGCAGUUCAUCCUAGUGGGAAAUUAGCGUUAUCCGUUGGAAAAGAUAAAACUCUAAGAACGUGGAAUUUAGUAAAAGGUAGACCUGCAUACACUACUAAUCAAUCUAGUAUGAGUGCUUAUUACUUUUUUGAUAAUAUCAUAUGGUCUCCAGCUGGACAGUAUUAUGGACUACCUUUAAAUACCAAGUUAAUGAUUUUUAAUGUAGAAACUGCAGGUAUUGCUUGUACAAUCGAAAACAAUCAUAAAAUACAUGGCGUCACAUUUAUAACGGAACAUUUGGUAUGCUACGGCUCAGAAAAUGGUACACUGAAUUGUUAUAAUAUUAUUCAUAAAAAAAGUAUUUGGGAAAUUAAAAUUGGAGAAUCUAGAGUAAAAUGUGCUAUCAAAGUUGAUAAUAGACUUGUGACAGCAUUGAGUGAUGGCCAUGUUACUGUAUGGGAACUCAAUGAUAAUAAGAAACCUAUCGAAAGUUGUUCAUUGUUUUUAGACUGCAGAAUUACUUGUAUUUGUAAUAAUUCCUUAAGAAAAUCCAAGACGGUAAAGGAUGAAUCUGACGAAGAAGCUGUAGAAGUAAAAGAUGACACUAUUAUUGGCAUAAGUAUUCCUAAUAAGACACAAAAUAUCAAAAAUAAAUUGCCAAUGAAUGAUGUUCACAACAAUAAACGAAAAUUACCAGUGAAUGGUGUUAAGAGUAAUAACUUAAAGCCAAUUAAGAAGAAAAAAAGUUUAUCAAACAAUUGGAAAGUUAGUGAAGACAAUGUUUAAUGAAUUAUAAAAUAAAAAAUAUUUCUUUAAUA